AUGGCGACGGACGGAGUCAUCAUGGCCAUGUGGGAUUUGGAAGCUGCUUCCUGUGUUGUAGGCGGGACCCUCCUCAGUUGGUGUGAGACUGAACGGGGCAGCAGACCCCUGGCCCCUUCCACUCCUCAUCUUGCUCCUGAGGCUCACCUCUUAGAGGGGCUCCUACUUCCUUUCAGAAACCAAACGCAUGUCCUGGCUGUCCUGUGGAAGUUCUGCAGUCUGGGGCAUCGAUACUGGUAUCAACUCUCAGUUGCUUUUAAAAGCCGCAAAGUGGAGUGGGGGUGGGGGCCAGUGGAAGACUUGUUUGGUUCUUUCUUUAUUCAAACUGUGUAUAAAGAAUAA